AUGUGUCGGGGAACCAUGCCUCAACCCGGAGCGUGGCCAGGAGCGAGCUGGGCCAAGACGCAGGGGAAGGUGACGACUGGCGGGCAGCCCCGGGCCGCGAUGCGGUGCCCGGCCGAGCACGAGGAGGACAUGUAUCAUGCUGCAGAUGAAAUAGAAAAGGAGAAAGAAUUGCUAAUACAUGAAAGAGGAAUAUCAGAACCCAGGCUAAGUGUGGCUCCUCAAAUGGAUAUUAUGGACUACUGCAAAAAUGAAUGGAGGGGAAAUACUCAGAAAGCCACGUGUAUGAAGAAGGGCUAUGAGGAAGUUUCUCAGAAAUUCACAUCUAUAAGGCGAGUACGUGGUGAUAACUACUGCGCGCUGAGGGCCACAAUGUUCCAGGCCAUGAGCCAGCUGGCGGAGCUGCCCCUCUGGCUUCAGGACCCGGAGCUCACGCUGUUACCAGAGAAGCUGAUAAACAAGCACAGCUGGAUCAAGCAGUGGAAACUUGGACUGAGGUUUGAUAGGAAGAAUGAGGACCUGGUUGAAAGACUUAAGGAGUCUCUUGCCCUGCUGAGGAAGAAGUGGGCGAGCCUGGCUGAAAUGAAGACUACUGAAGCCAGGCAGCUAGCGUGUGAUGAACUGUUCACAAAUGAAGAAGAGGAGUACAGCCUCUAUGAAGCUGUCAAAUUUCUAAUGUUAAACAGAGCUAUCGAACUCUAUGAAGAUAAAGAGAAGGGAAAGGAAGUUCCGUUUUUUUCUGUGCUCUUGUUUGCUCGAGGCACAUCAAAUGACCCUGGACAGCUGCUAAGGAACCACCUAAACCAGGUGGGACACACUGGUGGCCUUGAACAGGUUGAAAUGUUCUUUCUUGCCUAUGCUGUUCGCCACACCAUCCAGGGGUACCGGCUGUCCAAGUAUAACACCGAGGAGUUCAUCACAGUCUAUCCUACUGACCCCCCCCAAGGACUGGCCAAUGGUGACCCUCAUAGCUGAGGACGAUCGGCACUAUAACAUCCCUGUCAGAGUGUGUGAGGAGACAAGUCUAUGAGAGACCCACAGGUGGACAGCCAUGGGAUGCAGCGCAGGGGCACAGGCAGCUCCUCCUCUGAGGGCCUCAGGUCUGCAGAUCUCCAAGAACCAUCUGGAAGAACUCUUGGGCCCCUGGAGCCAAGUUGGACUGUGAUGUUCUGAACACUAGCUUGUAAUGA